AUGAGGAUGAAGGCCUUGAUGUUUUAUCCCGUGGUGAUCAUAAUCGCCCUGAGCAUGAGAGAUCCUGAUCUUCAAGUUCGUCUAGUUGGUGGACAAACCGCCUUAGAAGGUCGCGUUGAGGUGUUUUUUAACGGUUCUUGGGGAACAGUUUGCGAUGAUUCCUGGGAUUUGAACGACGCCAGAGUUGUAUGCAGAAUGCUUGGCUUUCAGACAGCAGUGUUGGCAUCCACGAAUGCUGGAUACGGUGAAGGUUCUGGAGGCAUCAUUCUUGAUAAUGUCGGAUGCUUUGGGACAGAACGCAACCUUGCUGAAUGCUCCCACAAUGGAUACGAGAAUCAUAAUUGUGUACAUAGCGAAGACGCUGGUGCUGUCUGCGCUAAUGAUCCUGAUCUUCAAGUUCGUCUAGUUGGUGGACAAACCGCCUUAGAAGGUCGCGUUGAGGUGUUUUUUAACGGUUCUUGGGGAACAGUUUGCGAUGAUUCCUGGGAUUUGAACGACGCCAGAGUUGUGUGCAGAAUGCUUGGCUUUCAGACAGCAGUGUUGGCAUCCACGAAUGCUGGAUACGGUGAAGGUUCUGGAAGCAUCAUUCUUGAUAAUGUCGGAUGCCUUGGGACAGAACGCAACCUUGCUGAAUGCUCCCACAAUGGAUACGAGAAUCAUAAUUGUGGACAUAGCGAAGACGCUGGUGCUGUCUGCGCUCAUGUUCGUCUAGUUGGUGGACAAACCGCCUCAGAAGGUCGCGUUGAAGUGCUCUUUGGAGGUUCUUGGGGAACAGUUUGUGAUGAUUUCUGGGACUUGAACGACGUCAAAGUUGUAUGCAGAAUGCUUGGCUUUCAGAUCGCAGUGAGAGCAGUCACGAGCGCUGGAUACGGACAAGGUUCUGGAAGCAUCAUUCUUGAUGAUGUCGAAUGCCUCGGUACAGAACGCAACCUUGCUGAAUGCACCCACAAUGGAUAUGCGAGUCAUAAUUGUGGACAUAGCGAAGACGCUGGUGCUGUCUGCGCUAAUGACACCACGCUUGAGCAUUUUGAAGUUCGUCUUGUCGAUGGAAGAAGCAGGAAUGAAGGACGGGUUGAGAUGUUCUACAACACAUCCUGGGGAACAUUGUGUGGUGUUGGAUGGGACUUGAGAGAAGCCGACGUGGUCUGUAGAAAGCUGGGGUUCACGGAUGCUUCAGACGUGCUACAAAAUGCAGCGUUCGGUGAAGGAAUCGGAAUGGUCUUUCUGGAAGGUAUCUCCUGUCUUGGAACAGAGAACAGCCUGCUUGCCUGUACCUUCACAUCUUUUGAAGCGAACAGCUGUCCGCACAGUCAGGAUGUUGGAGUCAUGUGCAAAGGUACAGGAGCUCUGAUAUCGAAUGCCAAAUUUGACCCAACAACCACAUUGGGACAUCCAGACCAUGGCUCUCAGUGUCCGACUGUUAAUUCAGUGUCUUCCGCUGAAAACAGUCGAACACUCUCACCUGUCUCAAUAGUACUUGGAGCAAUCUUGGCGGCGUCGUAUGCACUGUUCCUGCUGUUAGGCCUCUAUGGGUCCCAUCGACUUAGAAAGCUGGAAAGGAUGACGGUUAAUGACUCGAGUGAACAGCCUACUUCAAAGGGAACAGGUUCUCCUGAAGCAGCAUCAGCGUACCUGAAUCUCACCUCACCUUCUAGGAAGUCCACAGAGACCCUUGGAAAGAAAGCUCCUCGUGAACUGAUAUACAUGAACUUGGAGGUACCAGAGAACACCAUUGGAGGAGACCAGGUUUACACAGAUCUGUCGUUUAAAAAGGGCAGUGAACAGGAAGGUCCCAGUCGCGAGUAUAAAGCUCCCAUGAAGCCGCCGGUUGGUCGCAAGCCUAAAUCUGGGAGGCUUGGAUCUCCAGAUAGACCUGACCCCUCACCCUUGACCCAACAUGACCCCAUAUAUAAUGAAUGUUACUGA